AUGUGGAUCGCCGAUUCCACUACCUCCGUCGCCAGGCGUCUUCGCCUUUUUCUAAUCCUGCCCUCCGUCCUGCUUGCCUUUGCGUUCACUCUGACCCAUGCCCAUGACUCGGAGCCACUAAUUUCUGGAGAGCCUGCUGUGAAGCAACGCGCUCCUGCAGCCGCUUCUUCUAAUUGGCCAUUUUCGAUGCUGAUGCUUGCUGCUCUCACCUGGGCCUUACUCGAAUAUGCCCAAUUUGUUCUUCUUCUGAUGACCGAUGAAGACGCAGUCAUCUCUUGCUAUCAGCAGCGAUGCUCAGCUGCUCAGAUGCUCACCGGACAGAUUGUCAAGGGCGAAGAAGCUCAUGAGCUGAAGAAAGAGCCAGCGGAAGGGGAGCUGCUCCAGCCACCCAAGACUUACGGGCGACUCCCCAGCGACCAUGUCUCGACCAACAUCAUCCGCACUCCCUCUCAGCUUUCCGAUGAGUCAGACGAGAAACAUCACUACCAUACACGGGGUGAGCGCGGCACGCCCGAGAUUCUCUCGAUCUGCACUUGCGAGGAGGAAGACUAUCUCGUUGCUAUCGAGGAUGAUGUGAGGAAGCCUGACCUUUGUGCGGUACAUAAGCCGGUAAGACGCCAAGAAGGGAGAGUCAAGGUCGAGAAGGAGGGUGGCGAGGAUGCGACCCAUCUCAAGGCUUCGCAAGGUGCCGUCAAGGUUCAGGAAGAUCAUGGAGAGGGAUCUGCGGUUAAGUCUGCGAGUCCGGAGAUGCCGAUGAAGACCAACGAAGCGGGGGAGUCUGACGCUGCGGCCGACCACAAAGCUAGACAUGAGCAGGCUAAGGAGGAGCAUCACUUGAAGCAGGACCUCCUUCCUGCAGUCGAUUCGACGCCGAUCGACGCCUUAUAA